UAAUUGUUAUUUACUAGUUUAACGCUGCAUUGCUUCUUUGUUUGCUCAGGUGUGUGUUGUUAUAUGAGCAGUCUCAUGGCUGGCUGCGCCGCCUCCAGUUCUAAAGACCGUCCAGUUUCCAGGACCAGUUUCAUUCCAGAGCUACAGAGCAUGAUGUUUGCUCUGGGAGACGCUCGCAGGCCUCUGCAUGAGACAGCAGCUCUGGUGGAGGACAUUGUGCACACACAGCUCAUUACUAUGCUUCAUCAGGCCUGUGAGGGUGCAGCUCUUCGUGGCUCAAGAGUCAUCUCAGCUGAGGACAUCCUGUUUGUGAUGAGGAGGGAUAAGAGAAAGGUUGGGAGGAUAUUAAAAUAUCUCCAGUUCAGAGAUUAUAAAUCUAAACUACUAAAAGGCCUGGAGGAUGAAGAUCCAUUGCAAGAAACAAGUAUAUGUGCUGGUGGUGUUGCCGGUGGUAACCAGCGGAGGCAGCGAUUGGCCCAGGAUUUCUUGGUGUGGAUGGAUCAAACCGGUGACCUCCUGUCAUUGGCAGAGCGACAGGAAGUAGACCCCGUCAAACAGGAGCGGAUGGAGCGAUUAGAGCGUCAGACUCGAAUGAUGGACCAGGCUCAAUACUCUGAGUUCUGCGAGAGUCGACAGCUCAGCUUUGCUAAAAAAGCGUCUAAGUUUCGGGACUGGCUGGACUGUAGCACUUUAGAGCUUAAACCAAACAGCAUCGCCAUGGAGAUCCUGUCUUACCUGGCAUAUGAGACUGUUGCCCAGAUUGUGGAUUUGUCUCUGUUGGUAAAGCAGGAAAUGACUGCAAAGACAAAUCCAAUCAGUCAUGUGAUCUCCGCCAGCUACAUCCACUACAACACUCACACUGAGGUCAAAAAGGAUCCAGACUCACCUGAAGCCACUCCCCCUUCCACACCAGGCUCCUCCCACUCAACAAAGCCCCUCCUACAGGGUAACGGUAGUCUAGAUAACCGGGCGAGACAGAGGAAACGCAAAAAGAGCUGUCCGGCUACAGUGGAGCCUCCAAGUGGAGCCAUCCAGCCCUGUCACAUAAGAGAAGCUAUCAGGAGAUACAGCUACAGACACACAAGUGCCUAUAGGAAAGGUGGGAUGACUUUCCUUGCCUGCUGAAGAAUCUGUCAUGUUUAUUGUCUUUUUUUGUUCCCUUUUCUAAUAAAGAUCUUUUGCUUA